UUACAGGCUCACUCUCUCUCUCUCUCUCUCUCUCAAACGCACACAAACACUCGUUAUUUCUUCACGCUUCACAGUGUCACCCUCAGCCACGCCACGAAAAAAAAUGGACCUCCAAACAGCCACCAAUAAUGGCGUAAACGUAAGCACAGAACCCUCAAACUCCAACAAUGGCGAAACCCUCUUCGAAGACUUGGACAGCACAUGCUCCACCCCAUACGUCAGUGCCCCUUCCAGUCCCGGCCGUGGACCCCUACCCGGUUUUUUCUACAGUGCUCCGGCCAGCCCAAUGCACUUCGCCAUAACCGCUUCCGCAUCCUACGAAACCUCCCACUCUUCGGCCCCAAUCGGUUACGAGUUCGAAUUCUCCGCUCGGUUCGGUUCCUCCGGUUCGGGCGGUUCGGGUUCAAUGAGCUCGGCGGACGAGUUGUUCUUAAAUGGUCAGAUCCGGCCCAUGAAGCUCUCGAGCCACCUUGAACGGCCACAGGUUCUGGCUCCAUUGCUGGAUCUGGAAGAAGAAGAAGAAGACGAAGAAGCAGAGGUUGUUAAUGUGGUUCGAGGCAGAGAUCUGAGGCUGAGGGACAAGUCCGUUCGCAGAAGAACCAGAUCCAUGUCUCCUCUUAGGAGCAACACGCCUUUGGAGUGGGCGGAGAACGAGGAUCAUGUUCACGAGGAUCGUAACGUGAGUUUGGGGAAUCAAAUGAACAAUAAUAAUGGUAGUGGUUCCUCGGAAGUGGAGAACCGACGAGAGAAGGUGGAUGGUCUGGGUUUGGGUUUGGAGACGGUUCCUUCAGUUUCGGGUUCCGCUUCGUCUUCUCGUUCUUCUUCUGCUGGAAGAAGCUCGAAGCGGUGGGUUUUCUUAAAGGAUUUUCUCCGAAGCAAAAGCGAAGGUAGAAGUAACAACAAGUUCUGGUCCACCAUUUCGUUUUCCCCUACCAAGGACAAGAAAGCCACUGCUACAGCUAACAAUCAAAAUCUUCACAAAAACGGGCCUUCUUCCGAAACGCAGAAGCCCAAGGGAAGUUCUCAGGCUUGGGCCAGGAAAAUGACCAGCAAGCCCACCAACGGUGUUGGGAAGAGGCGCGUGCCACCCUCGCCGCACGAGUUGCACUAUAAAGCCAACAGGGCCCAAGCUGAGGAGUUGAGGAAAAAGACCUUCUUGCCUUACAGGCAGGGUUUGCUUGGGUGCUUAGGGUUUAGUUCUAAGGGUUAUGGGGCUAUGAAUGGCUUUGCUAGAGCCCUAAACCCUGUUUCCUCCAGGUAAAUUUCCUCUUUGGAAUUUUCCUUAAAUUGUACAGAUCAUUAUUAUCACUACUGCCACUUUUAUUAUUAUUAUUUCUUCAUUUUGAUUAGUUUUAGCUUUGAGAUCCAUCCGCCCCAUGUGUCCAUUGUUCAGAGUAAGAUGUGAGGGCUGUUCUUGUGCCUUCCC